GCAACACGUACACAUAGAGCCGGACGAAUUUUUCUUCUCGGAAAUCUAGUCGACGUUAACGUCGGGCUCAAAGUUUUUGUGAAAUGUCAAGCACCGUACAUUAUGAUGGGUUGAAUGUGUUCGGGAAAACUGUCAGACUAAUCGUAAACGAUAGAGCACCAUUCGAAAGCAGAGGCGAACCAGUGAGAGGAAUAGCACGGACGGAAAAAAGUGGGAGUGAAAGUGGAAAAAUUCACUUUUCCGAAAUUAUAAGAGGAACAAAGGCACGUUCCUAGUGAUACGUGAGACUGCUGAUGUUUCGCAGAAACGAUGGAGCCUGAGGAACCUCUGAUACAAGGGAUCCUGCUGUUACCACCGCAAGGAAUGUUAGGCCAACUCAAGAAAUCUUGGCACAAGAGAUUCUGUCAGCUGUUCAGGACUAGUAACUAUGGGAUCAAACGUGUAGAAAUUUACGAUAAUCAAGAAGAAGCUAUAUUGCAAUUACAUGCUCCUCGUAUCAUCACGUUGGAUGCAUGUAUCAAAAUUGCACCAAGCAACCAGUCACAUGUAUUUACAGUUGUGACCAAGUCAGGAAUUCAUUACUUUGGAUGCUAUUCUGAAUCCGAUAUGAGUCAUUGGAUUACUGCAUUUCAGUUAGUAGCAUUUAAAGAUAGUGUAUCUAAUCAAACAAUAGAGGAAAACAAUGACCUAUACUGCACCAGUGGAGAAGGAGUAUUCUCUGUCAAAGUUGUAGAAACAGAUGCAUCUAAACGAUGUGGUCUAGAAACUAGAAACUAUACGCUUGUAGUAGCAGCAGUUGAUAUGAAAUUAAUGGAUGGAGAUGUUAUCCUUUUCACUUGGCCAUAUCGGUAUAUCAGAAGAUAUGGCUAUAAAGAUGGAAAAUUCAUUUUUGAAGCAGGCAGAAAAUGCGAAUCUGGAGAAGGUUCUUUUCGAUUAGAACAUGGUAGUCAACAAGAAAUUUUUCGCUGUAUGUAUUCCAAAAUGAGAUCGAUGAAAAAAUUAAUGAACGAAGAAAGUAAUCCAAGCAUUGAAUGUAAUGAUGCUCAGUAUCAUGCAGCCUUAUCUAUGGAAGCUGGAUCUAGAGCAGCCCUACCUCCUUCUCCUAACAGUUCUGCCAAUUUAAUUGAUAUUGAUUUUUCACCACAAAAUUCGCAAAAGCAAUCGAGUUCUUCCUCUAAUUUAGAUACUAGUUUAUCUUCUAAACCUUCCUUGCCUAUUAAUAAACCAAAGCCUGCGAAGCCACCGCGAAAAUAUGUUUUCGCGGGCUUAUUGGACAAAAAAAACGUAGAUCCCGAAUUAUCAGACUUACCUAUGUGUGGGGAGUACAAGGCCCUAAAUCGAGAUAAUUCACCAGAGAUGUCUCAGAAAACAAUAGGAAGUUCUCUAAUAGAUGACGAAGAGAGACAUCCUUAUGACCUAGUAGAAGUAAGAAACGAUGCAUGGAAAACACAUGGUAUUGACAAUAUACAUCACACGGAAAGAUCAAACUCGAUAUUGCAUAGCGACAAAGACAAAGAAAAUGAGGAUGAUUUUCAAUACGAAACGAUGAUGCCUAUGAUAUCGUCGCAAAACUCAUCAAAGAGUAAGUCUAGUGUUAUAGAUAGUCCUUCAAUGACCACUAAUCAUGUACCCAAUGACGAAUCUGAUUACGAUAAAUUGGAACACUUUGGUUCUGCGACUAAAAUUAACCAGAAGAGCGCAUAUAAAUUUGGGAAUUUUAGCAACGCGUCACAAAAUUCGCAUUCCAAUGUUUCUUUAAACACUUCCGUAGCUGAUAACAAUGCCGCGUGGUCUAAUUACGAUAUCGUUGAAGAUAUGUCUGCUGUUAGAUUAGCAGAUGAUAGUCACCUUGGAUAUGGUGUUAUUAGAAAGAAAACAAAUCACUCCGAGUCUGCUUCUACCAGCAGUAGCAUGGGCCCAAAGCAUAAAGUUUUUAAUAAUAGUGAAUAUGCAAUUGUGUCAAAACCAAAAAGGGUAUGAAAAUCUAAAGUGAUUUUAU